UAGUCUCCCGCAGCCUCUCAGCCAUGGGCGCCGUCUGGUCCGCCCUGCUGGUCGGCGGGGCUCUGGCGGCAGCGCUUACCCUGUGGCUGCUGCGGGGCGACCCUGGGGUCCCGGGGAAAGACGGGAGUGAGGCGCCGCAGAAGGACGCACCUCCAGGGGAGGCUGCGGCUCCGGGUGGCGGUGGCAGUGGCUGCCUGAGCCCUGAACCUUCCGAGCGGGUGCUGGUCUCCAAACCAGAGCAGCUUCAAGAAAGCAAUGGACAUUUGAUUUCUGAGACCAAAGAUCUUGGUAACCUGCAGGGAGCACAGAGACUCCAGAAUGCUGGAGCGGAUUGGGGCAAUGCUGGAGACUAUGUUGUUCCUUCUGGAAAGACUCCAGAUACGCACUCCAGGACCAACCCAGAAGUGUCAAGGAAUCAAAGCCAGGAAGUUCAUGUAGGAGAAUGGAGCCCCAGCAAAGGACAAGAAACAGCUGGGAGCAUGUCCUCCAGCAGCCUGCUCAGGGACAGAGCUAAAGCAGCCAGCCCUGCACAGUUGGCCAGUCAGGACCCGGCAGGCCACGAGGACUGGGAAGUGGUGUCUAGGCACUCAUCUUGGGGGGAUGUUGGUUUGAGUGGCAGUCUUGAGGGUCUAAGUCAGGGGAUGGGUGAUGGCAGAAACAGUCUUGUGGGAGGAAGAAGCUGGGAAGCAGAUGGGAAGGCGGUGUCCCUGGAACCUCAGCAGGUCAGCAUCCAGUUCCAGGUGCACUACACCACAAGCACCGAUGUGCAGUUCAUUGCAGUUACUGGAGACCAUGAGAAUCUCGGGGGAUGGGCCAGAUACAUCCCACUCCACUACUGUAAGGAUGGGCUGUGGUCUCAUUCUGUCUUCCUGCCUGCAGACACGGUGGUGGAAUGGAAGUUUGUGCUGGUAGAGAAUAGGGAAGUUACUCGCUGGGAAGAGUGCAGCAAUAGACUCCUGCAGACUGGCCACAAGGAUAAAGUGGUUCAUGGGUGGUGGGGGAUUCAUUGACUCACGGUGCAAAGCAUCCAAGCGAGAGGCUACAGCAGAGUGUGGGAGAGGCUAAGGCUGUAGAGCACACCGCAUAAUUUAAAGGCAGUGUACCCAUCAGAGUUCUUUCAGAGUUGCUAGUGUGGCUUCUGUCCAAAAUGUAGAAAGAUGUAUGCUUGCCGAUGAUGCUUCCUGUGAGCUGGGAUUUUCCCCUUGUUGCACUGACUGGUUUGUGCUGACACAUCAUUUACUUGAGGGGUUGAUCACCCCUGGAUACUUGGUUCAGCUAAGACUGAGGUAUGGACUAUGGGCAAGGGGAAAUUAACCAACUGCACAAGUGCAAGGUAGAGCCUGUAGCUCUUAGAAUAGGGAGAUGGCAGUAAGCCUCAUUAAACACAGCUAAAGUAACACUGUUUACAUUUAAAAAUGAUACCAUAUGGAACUGUGACACUCAGACUCCCCAUUAGCUUUUGUUCCAUUAUAAGUGCUGAGGGUAGGUGUGGAGUUAGCAGGCUUGUCUUAAUGCCCUAAUCAGAGUUGGUCAUCCCAGGAAGUGGAGCAGGUGGGGUGGGUGAGAGAUGGUGAGGUGGCUUGAAAGGUAUCCGGUUCUCCCUCAUCUGGCUCCAGCAAGGGUGUAUGCAUCCUUUACCCACAGUGUCCUGCCAGACUGUCUCUAUUCACUUCCCUACCCAAUUCCUACCAGGUCUCAAAAGAUGGGCUGCCCUGGGGAAGAUUUUUCCAUCUGUCACCUCUUACUUUUAUACCAGUGAGUGAAAAUCUAUAUAGGGCCAUGAUACAGAAUAUCUUUGCUCUGAGGAGGAAUAAUUAUUAAGUUCUAAGUUAUAACUGAAUAAUAAAUCCUGAGUUGUAAUAUC